AUGACUGAGAUCAACGCUUUUGAUUUAUUAAGAGAGGAAAUGGAGUCUGACGAGACCCAUCUCCGUGUGAACGCAAUCCACAGAUUAAAAAUUGUAGCCACCCUCAUGGGAAGUGAAUAGAUAAAGACCGUUCUUCUUCCAUACAUUGAUCAUUUGAUUAAGAAGGAGGAAGAUGAGGUUCUCUUCGCUAUUGCCGAAGAAAUUGAGUGCUUAGCCACCUUACUUCCUGGAAAUUAGACAGUUUUAUUACCCAACCUCGAGCAAUUAGCAAGCUCAGAAGAAACAGUCGUCAGAGAGAUGGCUGUAAAAUCACUUAUAAGUAUCGCAAAUCUUUUAGGAGAAUACGAAAUCAUAAACUUCUAUGUCCCAUUGAUCCUUAGACUUGCCAACAAUGACACUAAUUUCACUUGCCGUGUCUCUGCUGUUAAUUUAAUGUGCCCUAUUUAUCCUCGUGCAGGUUAACAUAAAGACAAGAUCAGAGCUAAGUUUAUUGAGCUUUGUAGCGAAGAAACUCCCAUGGUCCGUCGUGCUGUUGCUUCUAAGAUUGGUGAAUUAGCAACCGUUAUUGAAAAGGAAUAUGUCCUUACUGAUUUGAUUCAAAGUGUAAAGCAAUUAAUCUCUGAUGAAUAAGAUAUGGUGCGUGUCCUCGGAUUGAAUUCAUUAAAGUUAGUAGCAAAAGUAUUAAGAAAAGAUGAAAAUAAAUAACACACUCUUCCUAUAAUAAUUGCUGCCACCGAAGAUAAGUCAUGGAGAGUUCGUCUUGCUCUCUCUAAAAUCUUUGCUGAAAUAGCUGAGGCCUUUGGUGAAGAAGCUGACAAUGUUUCUUUGAUAUAAAUUUUCACCAAUCUCUUAAGAGAUGCUGAAAAUGAUGUGAGAACAGCUUCUAUCUAAUCUUUGACUAAAUUCAUCAAAAUUUUAUCAGCUGAAAAGUUAGUUAUUAUAGUUCCUCACUUGCAAUAUUUGGCUAAGGACUCCGUCCCUCAAGUCAGAGCUGGAGUCACUGAAGUCAUCUAAAUUAUGUGCACUCUUCUCCCUAAGGACGUUACUAAUCUUAAACUUCUUCCUCAUAUUAUCGAUCUCUUCGAAGAUGAGAACAAAGAAGUACGUUAAGGAGUAACUCGUGCUGCCUGCAAAUUCGUAGAAGUUAUUGGCCAAGAUAGCUUAAAAAAUCUUAUCCCACAUUUUAAAAGAUCAAUUGAAGAUCCCAAGUGGAGAGUUCGUAUUGAAGCUUAUGAUGCAAUUGCUCAUCUCUCUAAAGUAUUCCAUAAUCCUGAUUUAUUCCAAAGCACCUUAGAGCCUAUGUUUAUGAAUUACCUAAAGGAUAGAAUUGCUGUUGUAAGAGAAAAUGGUGUUGAAAAGCUUGCAAUGCUUAUUUAAACAUACAGAGACUGGUCUAACAGUAAGCUCUUCAAUAAAUUAUUGGAAAGCAUUUCUAAAGAAAACGGAUACUUAUAUAGACUUACUGGCAUUCAAUCAUUAAGAGUUUUAGCUCUUAAUGUUGCUCCUGAAACAGCUGCUGAUAAGAUAUUACCUAUUUUAAUUAAACAUUUAAACGAUACUGUACCAAAUAUUAGAUUCAUCACUGUUAAAAUUCUUAGAGAAUUAGCUUCUAAGAUAGACAACGCUUCUAUAUAAAACGAUAUUAAGAGCAACUUAUCUAAUUUAACAAAUGAUAAUGAUAAAGAUGUUAAGUACUUUGCACAAGAAACUUUACAAUAUUUGCACUCCCAUUGA